GUUGGAAGGACUAAAUUGCCAAAAACUCAAAGCUCCAAAACCCUCACAACCGAUACACAGCCACUGAUCUCCAUAUUUCCAUUCUCCCACUCUCCGAUUUCGGAUUUGGUGUCUCAAAUGGCGACGUUUUUCAGAAGACUCGCAAAAGCUGCCCCGAUCGCUUUCGGAUGCCAGACUAAAUCCGCUCCUCGCCUUCGAUUCGGAGCUCUUGCCGCCAUUUCCGGUGGAAUCUCAGCUUACUACUUCUAUUCGUCGCCGAAUUUGGGGUACUUAGAUGAACUCAAUGAAAAAGAUGCACCACAAACUGCCUUAAAUCCUGAUAAAUGGAUUGAAUUCAAGCUCCAAGAGAAGGCGCAGGCCAGCCACAAUACUCAAUUAUUUAGGUUUUCGUUUGAUCCUGAUCUGAAGUUAGGUCUUCAUGUUGCAUCCUGCCUUAUUACAAGGGCCCCAAAUGGUCAAAAUGCUGAAGGGAAAACCAAAUAUGUGAUUCGCCCCUACACUCCAAUUUCAGAUCCAGAUGCAAAGGGUUACUUCGAUUUGCUCAUCAAGGUGUACCCAGAAGGUAAAAUGAGUCAGCAUUUUGCUAGCUUAAAGCCAGGAGAUGUGGUUGAAGUGAAAGGGCCCAUUGAGAAAUUCAGAUAUAGUCCAAAUAUGAAAAAACAUAUUGGCAUGAUUGCAGGAGGAUCUGGAAUUACUCCAAUGCUUCAGGUGAUAGAUGCCAUCCUUAAGAACCCUGAUGAUAAUACUCAGGUUUCUCUGAUCUACGCUAAUCUUACUCCUGAUGAUAUACUUCUCAAAAAGAAGCUCGACACACUUUCUGCCAGCAAUCCUAACUUGAAGGUAUUCUACACUGUUGAUAACCCAACUAAGGAUUGGUUGGGAGGUCAGGGUUUCGUAUCGAAGCAAAUGGUAGUGAAAGGCUUGCCACGCCCUAGUAAUGAUACUCUCGUUCUUGUAUGCGGCCCUCCUGGAAUGAUGAGUCAUGUUUCCGGUGACAAGAAAGAUCGGGCGCAAGGAGAGCUGAAGGGCAUCCUCAAGGAGCUUGGGUAUACUGAAGAUAUGGUUUACAAAUUCUAAGUGAGUGCCAAUUUUGAUGAAAUAAAUGAAUUUGUAACACUAUAUGCUUAUGCAUGUUGAAUGCAAAACCUCAAAGUGGAUCCAUGAUGACGAAAGCUGCUCCUCCUUAUACUUGCCCACAUUGAAGGAAGAGUUCUUGAAAUUUUAGUUUGAUUACUUGUAUUAGCAUUUCUCUAUUUAUAGAGCGUGGAUUGAUUGGAACCAAACGUCUUUGAAAGAUCAAUAAACUCGUCCUCCAAAUUUGAUGA